AUGUUAAAAAAGAAUGCUGCUGAGUCUCUUAAAGAGCGGUUGGGUUUUGCGAAUGCUUUUGCUGUUGGUAGUAUAGGGAGGGCUGGAGGUCUUUGUAUAUUUUGGACUGAAGACGUCAAGUUUACUCUUGUUUCUUUUUCUCAGAAUCACAUAUGUGGUGACAUUGAUGCAGGUAGUAUGUCUUGGAGGUUUGUAGGAAUAUAUGGGUGGCCAAAGGAGGAGGACAAACAUAAAACAUGGAGUUUGCUUAGGCAUCUUUGUGAGGAGUCUCCCUUACCUUUAUUGAUUGGUGGUGACUUUAACGAAAUCAUGAGCUAUGGUGAAAAGGAGGGAGGGGUUGAUAGAAACAGGCGUGCUAUGGUUGCUUUCCGAGAAACAGUUGAUGAUCUCAUGCUUCGUGAUUUGGGCUUUGUGGGACCAUGGUAUACAUGGGAGAGGGGUAAUACGGCAGCUACUAGGAUCCGUGAACGUUUGGAUCGCUUCUUGUGCUCGGCUUCUUGGUUCGAUCUUUAUUCGGACUUUGUGGUUGACCAUCUUUUGAGAUAUAAAUCUGAUCAUGUGGCUAUGGUGUUGCGUCCCCAGACUCAUAAUACUCGAAGAAAGAAGAAUCGUGGGUUCCGGUUUGAAAUUGUUGGUUACUAG